CAGAUGCUACACCUCCCUCCACAACCAAUCAGUCCACCUCAGGGGCCGAGGGCCAAAGCUAUAUCAGUUCCCGUCCUUUAAACAAACAGAUUUAAACCACAGACCACCAGGAGGAGAAACACCACUGCAGUUUAUCUUGGAUUUAAGGACAUUUUAUUCAAAAAGACCCUAAUCGUUCUACUAGCAUAGUAGGGAAGCAUAACUGCAACCAUGGCACCAAUUCUGCUCAACUGCAUGGGACAAGAACACAGUGAAUAUAUAGAGCAGGAGCAGUAUGUGAAAAACCCACACUUGGACACCAUGGAGGAGGACAUUCUCUACCACUUCAACCUCAGCACCAAAACCCAUAAUCUGCCCACCAUGUUCGGAGACACUAAGUUUGUCUGUGUUGGGGGCAGCGCCAAUAGGAUGAGAUCUUUCGCUCAGUUCAUUCAUCAAGAGCUGGAGCUGCCUGGCAAUGUGGACGACAUCAGAGACAUUUGUGAGGGAACUGACCGCUACUCCAUGUACAAAGUGGGACCUGUGCUCUCCAUCAGUCAUGGCAUGGGCGUGCCCUCCAUCUCCAUAAUGCUUCAUGAGCUCAUCAAGCUGCUGUACCACGCCCGCUGUCGUGAUGUCAUCCUCUUCCGCAUUGGAACCUCUGGUGGAAUCGGUCUUGCCCCGGGCACAGUGGUGAUCACUGAUAAAGCAGUGGACUCGUUCUUCAGGCCCCAGUUUGAGCAGGUGGUUCUGGGUAAAGUGAUCAUCAGGAGCACUGAGCUGGAUGAAGAAGUGGCCAGAGAGCUCCUGCAAUGUUCAACUGAGCUGCCCAACUUCCCCACGGUCAUCGGAAACACUAUGUGCACUCACGACUUCUAUGAAGGGCAGGGCCGACUGGAUGGUGCUCUGUGCUCGUUCUCCACUGAGGAGAAGCUGGAGUAUCUGAGGAAGGCUCAUGAGGCUGGUGUCAGGAAUAUCGAGAUGGAGUCCACAGUAUUUGCUGCCAUGAGUCGUGUCUGCAACCUUAAAGCUGCAGUGAUCUGUGUGACUCUGCUGAACCGGUUCGAGGGGGAUCAGAUCUCCACACCUCAUGAUGUUCUGGUGGAGUACCAGCAGAGACCCCAGUGUCUUGUGGCCCACUUCAUCAAGAAACGCCUGGGACUUAUCGCCUAAAUGCUUUCAGCUGCGUCUGAUUAUCAAAACACAUUCACUAACAACCAGCUGUGUCUGAUCAUCAAAACACAUUCAUCAAGAAUCAGCUGUGUCUGAUCAUGAAAACACAUUUACCAAUAAUCAGCUGUGUCUGAUCCUCAAAACACAUUCAUCAAGAAUCAGCUGUAUCUGAUCCUCAAAACACAUUCAUCAAGAAUCAGCUGUGUCUGAUCCUUAAAACACAUUCAUCAAGAAUCAGCUGUGUCUGAUCAUGAAAACACAUUUACCAAUAAUCAGCUGUGUCUGAUCAUCACAACACAUUCAUCAAGAAUCAGCUGUGUCUGAUCAUGAAAACACAUUCACUAACAACCAGCUGUGUCUGAUCAUCAAAACACAUUCAUCAAGAAUCAGCUGUGUCUGAUCAUGAAAACACAUUUACCAAUAAUCAGCUGUGUCUGAUCCUCAAAACACAUUCAUCAAGAAUCAGCUGUAUCUGAUCAUCAAAACACAUUCAUCAAGAAUCAGCUGUGUCUGAUCAUCACAACACAUUCAUCAAGAAUCAGCUGUGUCUGAUCCUCAAAACACAUUCAUCAAGAAUCAGCUGUAUCUGAUCAUCAAAACACAUUCACCAAGAACCAGUUGUGUCUGAUCAGCUAAACACAUUCACCAAGAAUCAACUGUAUCUGAUCACCCAAAUUCCCAUGUGUCAAACACGAUGUCCGUGGGCCAAGUAAGGCCUGUGGCACAAUCCUAUUCAGCCUGCAAAUUUAUUUAAUUUAAUUAUCUAUUAAUAUUAGUGCAUUUCACCAUGAGCUGCACUAAUGCAACGUAAUGUGUGCUCCCAUCCCCUCCCCAACAAUGAUCUUGCCAUUGUAGUUUGGGAUAUUUUGAAUAAACAAUGGCCUGGGAUCAUGGCAAAAUGUAAAGUAAAAAUAUAAUAAAAACACAGCUGGCCCACGGAUUUGUUGAGAUUUUUUAAUAUGGCCAUUUUUGUAGUUGAGUUUGACACCCCUGCCCUAAUUCUUUCAUUAAGAAAUGUCUAAGAGUGCCUAAUUUGGCUUUUUACAUACACAAGUUCCCCAACUCCAACAUGUGCCAUUCAACUUGAUAACCGGUUAGCAGCAUAAGUUAAUGUAGAGCUCUAAGUUCUAAACCAGCGGUCACCAACCCUGCUCCUGCAGACUGAUCCAUCUGAUUAUUGCCUCCAGAAGUCUUUGAUUAGCUGAAUGAGGUGUGUUGGAUUUGGGUUGGGGGUGAAACCUACAUAGUAGACCUGCAGGAGGAGGUUUGGUGACCACUGCUCUAAAUGCAGUGCUGCGGGACUACAAUUCAACAUCGCUGACCUAGAUACAUUAGACCUUUUCUUCUUUAAGAAGAAACACAUGGGCAUCAUCAUUCAGAAACUAAGAACACUUAAGAAAGCCUGGACACAAACUGUACGUGAAAAACUUAUGCUAGUGCUGUGCUUUGACUUCUGUACAGUGUAAAUAGAAUUUCACUUGUCUGUAUUUGUAUUUGUAUUAUUUAACACAGAUGUUGCUCAGAUGGACGUUGACUCUCCAUGCUUUGCUUAUGAAUUUGUUAUGUAUGUAUUGUGUUUCUAAAUGUGCAGAACAAAUGUACUUUAUAAAAUAUUUCUUAUUUGAUGUAAUAUGUGAAAAGAAAUACAUGUAAAUGUGCUUUGUGAAUAAAUAUAGUCUUAAAA